AUGGCGAGCUCCCUUGCCUACAGAGCGGCUGGCUUGGUUGCCCUCAUCGCAAUUCUCUAUCAGUUUUUCUUCAAACGCAUUAUAUUCGAUGUUGCCGGCUUUGGGCGUUCCGUUUCGACAAUUGACGCGUGGAAUGCAACUUGUGAGAGAAUUGACAAUCUCGGCAUCGAAGCCUGCGAAGAUAUGUGGUUUCAUCAUGCCAGUGGAUACCUAUACAUGGCUUGUUCUGAUGUUCCAAGUCGAUUAGAAUGGCUUCCUGCUGCCGACCGUCUGAAUGCUUCCGGUCGAGGUCUAACAGAUAGGAUUGCUAUUUUGGAUACCCGAGGGAGUGGUUCUUUAGAAUCUCGGCUUCAGUGGAUGACAACCGAGGGGUUCUCUGGUAACAACGGAGAUGGUACAUUUAACCUUCACGGUUUCGACAUCCGUCCAGAUCCUAAGACUAACAUCUUGCGUGUUUUGCUCAUCAAUCAUCGACCUCCAAUGGAUCCUAUCAGCGGUGCCUCACUUGAUGCUGUCAGCCUAGGUGCAAAUUCUACCAUUGAACUGUUCCACAUUGAAGCUGGAAGUGGUUCUAUGAGACACAUGAGAACAUAUACAGAUCCAGCAAUACAUGCCCCAAACCAAGUGGCCUGGGUAAAUGAUGAUGCUUUCGUAUUUACCAAUGAUCAUAGUGCAAAGGUUGGAUUUCGUCGUCAUUUAGACAUACUCCUUGGAGGUGGUAGUAUCGGUUACUGCGAUGCCAGUACGAAUCACUGCAACAUCGCUCACUCAUCUGGGCUGACUGGUCCUAAUGGGUUGGUCACAGGACGUGAUGGACUCAUAUAUGUCCCAAAUACAGUCUUACACGAAAUUCACAUUUUCUCACUCACCGAGGAAAACACUCUCUUAAAAUUGGAUACGCUGCAAGCACCAUACCCAAUUGAUAACAUGAGUGUGGAUAAAAAUGGCGACAUUUUUGCUGCUUCGUUCCCACAAGCCUACAAAUGGGCACAGAGUUUAAAUGACCAAUCGGUCCAGAUUCCCGCGGCUGUUGUACGAAUUCGAAGAAAAGGAAAUGAUUUUGAUCACAUGAUCAAAGGGGGCGUAAGAGAAGGAAGGGAUCUUGGAAAGAGUAAGGAUGGCUAUCUUGUUGAAACCGUGGUGGAAGAUGACGGAACAAUUUUGUCGGCAGUGACCACCGCUGUUCAUGAUGCGGAGAAGGGGAAAUUGUACCUAGGAGGCGUCACAGCACCAUUUAUCAUGAUUUGUGAAAUGAAGAAAUGA